AUGGGGGAGGUCGGCAUCGGAACAACCGCCGUGCCGACCAAAAAUUCCUGGAGACGGGACCGGGGGCAAACCACCACGGCAAAGGCCCUCUAUCUCACCGUACCUAUCUCACCACGUCAGAGCUGUCGCAUCUCCAGAAACACCUUCGUCCACGAACCCGUCUUACUGCCUCGCCCCCCUUCGACCUCGAAAAUGGUUGUCCGCAUACGCCUUGCCCGCUUUGGGCGCGUCAAUCAGCCCUUCUACAACAUCGUCGUCUCGCAAGCCAGAACCGCCCGCAACAGCAAGCCCAUCGAGGUCAUCGGCACCUAUGAGCCCAUUCCCAAGCAAGACCCCUACGACUCCACGACCAAGCUGCACAAGGACAUCCGCCUCGACACCCUCCGCGCGCGCUACUGGAUCGGUGUUGGCGCUCAGCCGACCGACACCGUAUGGAGGUUACUAUCAAUGGUAAUGAUCCCGUCCAUGCUCAGCUCUUUUUCACUUCCCCUACAAAACACUCCUGAGAGGAUUGUCGGGAUCCUCGAGCCGAAAUACACACCAAACGGGACUGCUAACACGGCAACCGCGGCAAAGUCCAUCAAGAGCCCUCCUAAGACCAAGGCGUAG